GGCGGGCCCCGGGAGGGAGGUUUCUGGGACCGGGCGGCGCUCGGAGCGCUCCCCAUCCCACUGCGCCGGUCUUUCAUAGUCGUUCGCCUUCCUUUCAUUUCCUGUUCCUUCCGAAAGAGCUGUGCUCGGUACUCCCGUUAGCCCUUAGUAGUCACAGCGCGGCUAACUCCUAUUCAUCCUUCAAAACCCAUCUUUGGUGGUGUGUUGCUCGUUGCUUUGGUCGGUCUGUGGCUGCGGGACGGGACCCGUGUUUUCUGUUUAACAUAUGCCCACACCAGACCCAAAGCAGGGCUUGACAGAGAUGGUCGUCAGGAAACGUCUGUUGAAUUGAAAACAUCCUAUUUCGUUUGCUCCCUUUUGCCCUCUCCCAUCAGGUUGCCUUCCGCAGAUAUUUCUAAUCUCUCGAAACAGUGGAUAGAACCCACAGAAGGUCCUGUCCGCACGGGAAAGGGCCUCUUUUCUCCUGGGCUGGCGCCUUUUGUUCUAUCUGGUUGUCUUCUUCUUGAUUGAAUCACUCAUCAUUUUUCUUCCCUUUUUCUUUCAUCUUAGAAACAAAAGGCAGCAGACACUUCCUGAGUCGACUGUUGUUCCCAUUCGCUCCCACCCUCCGUUUUGGUCUGUUUUCCUUGAAUUGUCCCUGACUCUCACCCCUGGACUUGGUUGGUUUGGUUGGUUCUGUUGCUUCAACUGGCUCCUCACCUCUAUUCUCCUGCCUCCUUGAGGACGAUACCCAGAUGGCUUCUGUCUAAGGCCUUCUUCAGCCUCCCUAGGAAACUGCAGUACCCCCAGUUCCUCUGUUGUAGUUUUCUCCUUUUGAUGUCUCAUUACCUGCUUCCUGUGGCUAACUCGACUUUGGGUGUCUUUCCCCACUGGCUUGUGAGUGUGGUGAGCACCAAGUAUCCUUUACUGUUUUGCUUAGUGCUGGUGUUCCAAGCACCCAGUGUUUGUUGAGUGAUGAGUGGAAUGUGGAGGGAGCAGAGUCUGUGGGUAUUCAUCCCAGCCUUUCUGCCUUGCCUUAUUUGGGAUGAAGCUGAUGGGCCUCCCUGCUCCCUGAUCUUCCUCCUUAGGCCUGUCCUGUGAGCUGACCACUGUGGGUGGGGCAGGUGGGAAAUCAUCCUUCUGGCUGAGCACAAGCUCCCUGAUGGUGGGAGCGUGGUGGAUUCUCUUUGGCCUUGAGGACCUGUGAUGGGUGGCUCUUGGGUGCAGUGGAGGAGGAUGGCCUUGGGACCUGGUCAGAUGUUUUACAGAUCACAUCACUUGUAGAGCAUGGUUCCUUGAAUUUAGAAAUAGUCUUUCAUAUUAUGUUCAAUUCACUUUGAGAAGGGCUGGCCAGUUUAGAAGCUCUGGGUGUGGAUGUUGUUACUUGCCUGAGGCUGUGGGUGGGGAAGGCUGACUUGAGACAUGAAUAUGACCUGACCUGGCAGUGGAGCCUUCUGGCGAAUGGGGCCUUUUGGGGGAAAGGUGUCCCGGAGGAGAGGUGGGUGACAGGCUGUCUGGAGUGAGGUAGCAAAGGCCUUGGAGGGAGCCUCAUGCUGACCUUACUCCACAUGUGCAGAGCCACAGGAUUCCCCUCUACCCCACUGUGCUGAGGAUUGACCCAGGACCUUGUAUAUGCUAGGCAAGUGCUGUACCACUAAGCCACAUCUACAGCCCUGUCACAGGUAUUGUGCUGUGGCAGGACAAGAAACCAAAUCUUUGAUGGCUUCGCUGGUGGCAUAUGAUGACUCUGAUUCAGAGGCCGAAGCUGAAUCUUCUGGAAGUGUGAAUGCUCCUGGGCAGAUGAAGGAUGCUUCUGGUGUGGCCACAUCUCCCAGGCAAGACUUUACAUCAGGUAUAAUGGAUGUGACAAACGAAGGGGCGCAGGGUACAGAGCAUGGUCCUCAUGAAGAUCCUGGGGAGCAUCGUCUCCCCCUGGUUCGGCUCUGGAGAAGGGAUCCAGGAUCUUGCCCCAGCCAGAGGCUACAAUGGCCUGUGAAGGAGCCGGAAGUCACCUUCCCCACCAGUGAGCCUUCUCGCCCCUCUUCUUUGUGGACGUGUUGUGCUCCUACUGGCCACAUGCCCCUGGCAGCUGCCCGCUUGAAGCAAGUAAGACUCUCCUGGGAGUCCCCUGAGCCAUCCUUCUGUUCUCCAAACAGAUCUGAAGCCACAGGCAAAAAUGCCAUUUCUUUUCAGAGGAAAAGGUGUGAGGACUGUGUCGUACCAUACACCCCAAAGAGACUGAGACAGCUACAGGCAUUCAGCACAGAAACAGGCCAGCAGAAAGAUGUGGAGCUGCAGAGCCCCUCUGCAGGUUGUGCUCCCGCCCCUCUCUGUGUGACCCCCAGAGUGUCCGAGUUGAUUCAGCCAUAUUUGAACAGUCAGUGCAGAGAAACCAGGGUGCCCAGGACCGUGCUUUUCCACCUGCGUGGCCACAGGGGCCCCGUCAACAGCAUUCAGUGGUGUCCUGUCCCCUCCAGGAGCCACAUGCUCCUCUCCACAUCUAUGGACAAAACCUUCAAGGUGUGGAACGCUGUGGACUCGGGGCGCUGCUUGCAGACCUACUCCCUGCACCGUGAGGCUGUGCGGGCUGCCCGGUGGUCUCCCUGCGGUGGGCGCAUCCUCAGUGGCGGCUUCGACUUUGCCCUGCACCUCACAGACCUGGAAACAGGAACUCAGCUAUUUAGUGGUCGAAGUGACUUUAGAAUCACCACCUUGAAAUUUCACCCAAAAGACCACAGUAUUUUUUUAUGUGGAGGCUUCAGCUCUGAAAUCAAAGCGUGGGACAUAAGGACUGGCAAGGUGGUGAGAGGCUACAAGGCAACCAUCCAGCAGACCUUGGACAUCCUCUUUCUCCAGGAAGGCUCUGAGUUCCUGAGCAGCACCGACGCUUCUACCCGGGACUCUGCUGACCGUACUAUCAUUGCCUGGGAUUUCCGGACCUCCGCCAAAAUCUCCAACCAGAUUUUCCACGAGAGAUAUACCUGCCCCAGCCUUGCCUUGCACCCAAGAGAGCCUGUAUUCCUGGCACAGACCAAUGGAAACUACCUGGCCCUCUUCUCUGCUGUGUGGCCUUACCGGAUGAGUAGACGGCGGCGCUAUGAAGGACACAAGGUCGAAGGCUAUGCAGUGGGCUGUGAGUGUUCUCCGUGUGGUGACCUGCUGGUGACAGGCAGUGCUGAUGGCCGGGUCCUGAUGUUCAGCUUCCGCACAGCCAGCAGGGCAUGUACGCUGCAGGGGCACACACAGGCCUGUGUUGGCACCACCUACCACCCCGUGCUGCCCUCCGUCCUCGGCACCUGCUCCUGGGGAGGUGACAUCAAGAUCUGGCACUGAUCCCAGCUGGGCCUGGGGCCCCCUUCUUCCUCAGAGGAGGGAGUUUGGGCACUGAAAUUGGCUUUGGGUUGGACCUAGGCAGAUACUGCCUCCACCACCUGCUGAACCUCUGUUUCCUCAUUUGUAAAGUGGGGACAAGAAUCUGUCUCAGGGUUUUGAAGACUACAUGAGUGAAAGCACCUGCCAGGUGGCCGGUGAUGCCCAAUAAACGUUGCUUUUCUACUUCUUA